AGAAUUUGCUGUUUGACAGCUUCUUACGCCAUCACAGCUUUACGUUACGACGCUCUGACCAAGAGCAUGGCUCUCCGUUCUGCCCUCGCCCGCCCCGCAGCCUCUGUAUCCCGUGGACGCACUGCUGCUCGGACCGUUGCCAUGAGCGCCGCGCCAGUCGUCGCGCCCGCCAAGACUGUUGCCACUGAUGCCGCGGUGCGGGAGCGCGCCAAGGCCGCGGUGCUGGGCGGCCUGCUCGCAGACAUCGCCACCAUGCCCCUGCACUGGAUCUACGAUGUUCCCAAGAUGAACGAGCUCCUGGCCACCAGCGCCGCCGCCGCCGCCGGGGGCGCGGUUGACGCUGCCCACGUGGCCGCCGGAGUCCUGAUCGCCAGGCCGCAGCAGCUCGUGCUGCAUGAGGUAGCCGCGGAGCGGUGCGAGGGACUGCGGCGGCUGCGCGUUGCAGAUCUCAAUGGGGAUCUUGAAGUCGAGCUGGGGCAGCCCGCGCAGCAGGCGCAGGAUAAUGUCGUUGUCCGACCCGGCGCUGCCCAAGCCCAGGAUCUGAUCCCGCAGGCAGUAGGCGCGGCCAAAGCCUUCUACACCUACUUCACAGCCACCGAGCCCAACGCCUACCGCAACCACUCGGUUCGCGCGCUGGUGACCAACUGGGAGGAGGGCAAGCGCGGCCGCGAGGUGGGCCACAACACCGACUACCAGGCCAACUGCUUCGCCAAGGCCUCGCUGCUGGUGGCGCGCUACGCCGGCAAGCCCGAGCUGCGCCAGGUGGUGGAGGCGGCGGUGCGUGUGCAGCAGGACAACGACCAGGCGGUGGCGUACGGCCUGGCAGGCGCACUGCUGCUGGAGAAGGUGGUGCUGGGCCACACCAUUGAGGAGGCUCUGGCCUGGGCCGCGAGCGAGGGCGCCCUGCCCGCCGAGAUCAGGGCGCUGGUGGAGCGCGCGGUGGCCAGCCGCAGCACCCCCCUGCGUGAGCUGACCUACGAGCCCGUGCCGUACAUGCAGGGUGUGGUUCACCGCGACGGCUCUUACACCAGCCCCACGGUGGGCCCCAUCAACUGGAACGGCGCGCUCGUGCGCCCCAUCAUGGACCGCAUCGCUGUCACCUGGGCGCGGCUCUUCCAAUCGGAGCUCACCAAGUCCAUGCGGGAGCGUCUGCUUGCGGAGCUGGACGACUUCGUGAGGGGCGCGCGACACGAGCUGGAGGCGCAGGUGGCGCCGCUGCCGGGCGGCGACGAGCUGCUGCCGGCCGAGGCGGGCCGGCUGGACGAACUGUACCGCCAGGUCCGGCGCGACCAGGAGCGGCAGCUGGCGCAGGCGCUGGAGGCGCUGCACUCGGGCCUGGUGGAGACCAGCAAGGCGCUGAGCCAGGACGUGGUGGAGCCGCACGUACGGACCUCGCUCCAGGGCGCCUACCAGGCCGCCGCCAGCGAGCGCGGGCCAGGCUCCUACAAGCGGAUGCGGGACCACAUGACGUCGGCGGUCGAGCGGCUUGCACGGAUCAUGCUGCCGGCGGCCGCAAACAUGCUCCUGGCCGAGGUCGAGAAGCUGGUUGACCAGUUUGGCGAUGCUGCUUCUGCCGCCGCGUCCGCACUGCUGAGCGCUGUGCAGGCCCGCUCUGAGCUGCUGUGGGACGAAGCGCCUGCGGGAUACGAGGUGCGCUACAAGGCGGCGGCGCAGCUGGUGCAGCUGCUGGAGCGGGCGCGCAAUGUGUGCGCCCGAGCAGGCGUCAUUUCCCUGCCGCCGGCCUUCGUGCUGCCGCCGCCUCCCGCACCGGCCCCACCUGCAGCGGCAGCGGUGGUGCCGCAGGCCGAGGCCGAGGAGGUGGCCGGGGCAAGCAACGCGGGAUGCGAGGACAGCGGGGCGGUGGGCGAGGUGGAGACGGAGGAGGAGCAGGAUGAGGAGGAGCAGGACGAGGAGGAGGAGGUGGAGGCGGAUGAAGAUGAGCAGCAGGAGGAAGAAGAUGACGCAGACGAGCUGAUGACGCUGGCCGAUCUUGUGAAGCUGCAACGCGCGCAGCACGAGGACAAACAGGUAGCGCGGCAGCAGGAGCAGCCGCAGGCGGAGUGGCAAGCGCAGCAGGCCCAGCAGCAGCAGCAGCAGCAGCAUGCAGCGCAGCCGCACCAGCUGCAGCGCCAGGCGGAAAGGCAGCAACAGCAGCAGCAGCAGAAGACGGAGCCGCAGCAUCAGGCGGCGGAGCGGAAGCAGCACGAGCCAGCGGCAGGCCAAAGGCAGCAGUCGACAGGCGGCGGUGAGGCAGCCGCUGGCGCACCCACAAGCGACGGCGGCGGCGGCGGGGCCUACGCAAACACACAGCGCCAUUCUGCAGCUGCAGAAUCGGCGGCGCUGCAGCUGGUCGUUGUGCCGGACGUGCCGCGAGGACAACAUGUCCAGCCAGCCGGAGCUGCACCGGCCCCACUGGAGGCUUUGGCGGUGGCUGUGGUCGGGGAGGCGGUGAAGGCGGAGGUAGCGGCGGCGCUGGCGCGCGUCCCACCCGCUGACCCGGUGGACGCGGUGACACGGUGGGGCCUCCGCCGACUGUGGGAGCUUAGGGAGGCGCAGGAAGCUGCCAGCCAUGCUGGCGACGAGCCCACCCAUGUCCUGUGCCGCAACAACGCAGCCCUGCUGGUCGGGGCGAUCGCCGGGGUCGUUCGGAAGCUGAUGGAGCCGCGAGGGAUGCUGGAGCUCUACUCGCUGGACCCGGUAGCCUGCACCGCAGCGGCGGCGCGCACGGCCACGGGGGCGUCAGAUCUCAUUGCUGCAAUGGCGGCCGGCCCGCGUCGCGCAGUUAUAGCAAUACUGUACAGUACAGGUUUCGCAGGUUGGCAGAAACAAUUGGUGGAUGAUUACCGCUAUAUCAUAGACGUGAUGCCGGCUCGGAGGAUGAUGCGGAACGUGGAGUUGCGCAUGCAGCAGGGGUGGGAAUGUGUAUGGCAUGAGGAUCAGGCGUGUGCACACACCGCCCGACGCGAUGCGGCGAUGGUCACCUCGCCCAGCAGCUUGCCCAGCUCCUCGUCGUUGCGGAUGGCCAGCUGGAUGUGGCGAGGCACAAUGCGGUUCUUCUUGUUGUCGGGGGCGGCGUUGCCGGCGAGCUCCAGCACCUCAGCGGUCAAGUACCCCAGCACGGCGGCCAGGUACACGGGCGCGCCGGCACCGAUGCGCUCGGCGUAUUGCCCUUCUUCAGCUUUACGUUACGACGCUCUGACCAAGAGCAUGGCUCUCCGUUCUGCCCUCGCCCGCCCCGCAGCCUCUGUAUCCCGUGGACGCACUGCUGCUCGGACCGUUGCCAUGAGCGCCGCGCCAGUCGUCGCGCCCGCCAAGACUGUUGCCACUGAUGCCGCGGUGCGGGAGCGCGCCAAGGCCGCGGUGCUGGGCGGCCUGCUCGCAGACAUCGCCACCAUGCCCCUGCACUGGAUCUACGAUGUUCCCAAGAUGAACGAGCUCCUGGCCAGCAAGGGCAUGAGCGCCGCCGCGCCCGAGUUCUUCCCCGAGCCCUCCUGCCCCUUCUACCAGCACCCCUACGGCGCUCUGUCGCCGUAUGGUCACGAGCUGAUCCCGCUGCUGCAGUCCAUGGCGGCCAACGGCGGCGAGUUCGAUGAGGCCAAGUACGCCGAGGCCUUCUACACCUACUUCACAGCCACCGAGCCCAACGCCUACCGCAACCACUCGGUUCGCGCGCUGGUGACCAACUGGGAGGAGGGCAAGCGCGGCCGCGAGGUGGGCCACAACACCGACUACCAGGCCAACUGCUUCGCCAAGGCCUCGCUGCUGGUGGCGCGCUACGCCGGCAAGCCCGAGCUGCGCCAGGUGGUGGAGGCGGCGGUGCGUGUGCAGCAGGACAACGACCAGGCGGUGGCGUACGGCCUGGCAGGCGCACUGCUGCUGGAGAAGGUGGUGCUGGGCCACACCAUUGAGGAGGCUCUGGCCUGGGCCGCGAGCGAGGGCGCCCUGCCCGCCGAGAUCAGGGCGCUGGUGGAGCGCGCGGUGGCCAGCCGCAGCACCCCCCUGCGUGAGCUGACCUACGAGCCCGUGCCGUACAUGCAGGAGAUGGUGGGCAAGCACAUGGCCAUCAAGGACCAGCUGCCGCCCUUCACCGUGGCGGUGUGGUGCAACGGCCCCGCCUGCGGCAACCCCGCCGCCUUCACGAACGUGGCCAUGACCGCUGCCGUGUACGGCGGCGCCGGCAGCAGCAGCAGCAGCAGCGGCAAUGCCUACGUGGACGGCGUGCGCGCCAACCUGAUGGCGGGCGGCGACAACUGCAGCCGCAGCCUGCUGAUCGGCGCACUGCUGGCGGCGGAGUCUGGCCUGGGCUCGCUGCCUGCCGAGUGGCGCACCAAAGCGACCAAGCUGGCCGAGUACGAGGUGCUGGUGGACAAGCUGUUCGUGUAGAGCGGCUGGAGAGCUGACUUGUUGUUACACCGGUGCGGUAAAGUCGCGGCAUGACUGCAGGAGUAGCUAGCUAUGGGGUUCACGAGCUGAAGAAUGAUGGGAUGGAAAGGUUUUACGUUAUGGGGGCGGCUUUGUGGCGACGUGUGAGGGUUGCAACAGCAGGCAGGAGUGAAGCAAGGGGUUAUGCCGUGGGGUUUACAGGUGCUGAGGGCGAGACGGCGAGUAUAGUAAAGCAGUGUGGUAUGGACGUAUGGUACAGGAGUGUGCAGAGGUCAAGUGUUUGGCUGAGUGCAUAAGGCGCGCCCGUGCACGCCAAUGCUGCACCGGGGGAAUGCACCGGAAGGACGACACCCUUGCAUGCUCCGGAGUUGUGCGACUGGUGAGGCGUGUCUGCGUGCGUGGCAUGCAUGGAGUGAGGCGGACUUGCCGAGUGUGCUGCUGUAACCAGCUUCGUAA